GUUUGGGAUUGAUUCCUGGAGUGCUUUUGGGACUGCUUCUGCUUUUGAACCAAGAGCAUGGUGUUUGGUAAAAUCUUUAAAAGCUGCUUUUGGUUGGAAUUGCUUCUCCGUAAAGCCGAAGUUGGGAAGCUACAAUUUGUAGCUUUUAAAAACUGCUUUGGGAAAACACGGAGGAGCUCUCCACUGUUGUUUAAUGAAAUUGAACUUCCUGCCAAUUCUGUCCUCCUCAUCUCUCUUUGCCGUCAGUAUCAUUAUCAUUCCACAUAUCCUCCUUCCUCUUCUUCGGUGCCUGGUUCUCCAUCCUCUUCUCUCAGAUCGCUUUCUUCUUCAGCUCGUCGCUGUUGACGUCCUUCAAUUCCUGGAUUCUCGCCGGCCUCGCCUCCUUCCUCUGCGCAGACUUUGGGUCUUCUGGGUUAUGCUUCUUCUCUGCAGAUAGUUAAAGUCCCUGAAUUCGAUUCAGAUACAACUCCUAGUCACCAACCCAUGUGGGUCUUCUCCCUCACCAGCUAUUAAUACCCAAUUCCAGUAAUUUUUUUCUCUCUAUGUUGAUUUUCAAUCAAAGCUCUCAACUUUGAAACCAGCUAUUAGUUCCCAAUUGUCCUCAUUUUUCUUCUCUGUUGUUUUUCAAUCCAAAGUUUCAGUCUUUAAAUCAAAGCUCGCAACUUUGAACCAAAACCCACAUCAUGUCUAUUGCUUUGGACAGAAAUGGGAAUAGUGGGAAUGGUAUGAUCCCACGGUCCGGGAGGUUCAUCCAUGGGAUGCCUUGUAUUUCGAUCUACGACACAAAAGGGCUUGAUCAGGAUCGUCGUUUGGAGUUGGAGGAGGACUCUAGUAGCUCGAGGUCCUCGUCGGUUGGUAAUAACAGUGACGAGUCUAAUGGGUCAUCGGAGGGUGAGGAGGGUGAGGUUCAGAGCUCGUUUAAAGGGCCUUUGGACACCAUGGACCAGCUUGAGGAGGUUUUGCCUGUCAAUUUGUGUGCUUGUAUGUGUCAGAGUAUGACGAAGUUGAGGAAGCUAAACCGAACUAUGGCUCAUUGCCUGUCCAUGCUGACGACACAGGUUUCGCAGUUGGUGAAGAUCGAACGCAUAGAAACCACGGUUGCCAAGAUCGACGAGAUAUUGAUUUUGAUGAAAGUGGAAAUUAUUCAAGUGAAGAGACUAGUGAAGAGAUGGAGGAUAAUGAACAUGAUGGAGAUGGUCCAGGAAGACAAGAAAUAGAGGUGUUAAGAAAUGCAAUUGCACAAAGUCUAAUGAAUGUAUCUACUUAGCAUUUAGUUGCAAAUUUUAAGUGACUUUAAUAUAUUUUGUGUAAUGGUUCCCAUUGAACUAUGGUUGGAAAAUUAAUCCAAAUAUUCUAGAUGAGAUUUUGUGUAAUAGUAAAACAUAAUAUGCAUAUUGAAGGGUUUAAAGUAAAUAUUUUAUUCAGUCCAA